UCAUCAUUCUAGCAGCUAACGACAAUUUAGAGAGACCUUCUCUACAACCACUACAAAAAAAGUCUCCAUUGAUAGCACAUGACUAUAGCACGUUUUACUGAACUGCUAUCAUAGAUGAGUCUAAAAUUUGCUUAUUAUAUAAUAGGGUUAAUUAAACGCUAUGGUAGAGUUUCACUAAGCGGGAACCUAAAAUUAGCUUUACCGCGGCACACUUAGUGAAAAAAAGACUAAUCUGAUUAUUUUCCCUCUCUCCACUCGCGAAAUACCUUUCUCUUUUUCUCAGUUUCCCCUCUUUCUCUACUAACCCUAAAAAAAUUAGACCACAAUCUCCAUCACUAAAACCCUAAUCCGCUAAUCCAGAACCGUAAUUGAGCUCCCCACAUCCAUUAUUGUCGAUUGCGAAGGUAUCGAAGAUUGAGAUUGCGACAUCUCUGUUGAUUUGUUAUCUCAAAUGGAAGAGAUGUUUUCUGCUUGCUUUGAUUUCGUCUUUUCUUUCUUUCCUGUUUGAUUUGUGUUCCUGCUCCACGUUCUUUGCUUAGAUUUCCUUUAUUAUAUUUUUGACAACAUUUAACUUGAUUCAUGAUUUUAUCGAUUUCGAUUUACAUUAUUUGUUACUUUGAAUGGUUCUCUAUGUUACUAAAGGUUUGAAUGUAGGUUUUAGAACAUAGAUGAUGGAUAAAGACUGGGUUCAUCUGAGCAGGUAAUGAAUUUUAUCAUAUAUGUUAUGUUUCAGUAUGUGUUUAGUCACUGAGCUUGUGAAUUUUUGUUCAUGUCACCGAAGAGUCGAUCCUGCUUAUGAGAGAGGAGCUACUAAGUUUGUACGGGAAGUGGCUGCAGCUUCGGGAGGAAUUGAUAUGAUUGUCUGUCCUUGCAUUGACUGUCGUAACAUAGAUCGUCAUUGCGGAAGUGUGGUAGUUGCCCAUCUUGUUACUAGAGGAAUGGAGGAGGCUUAUAAGAAACGCACUGAUUGGUAUCUGCAUGGAGAGUUGAGCUCAGUGGUUGCAGAUGAAAGAAGGGCAAGUCAAUGGAAUGAUGAGAUUAUUGGUUUAUACAGAGCCGCUGAGUGUUCUGAUGAAGCUUUAGCUGGUACGGGGGAUGUCUUUGAGAUAGCAGAGGGAGAGGACAAGAAAGAAGAUGAAUUUUUGGCGAAGCUAGCUGAAGUUGAAACACCUUUGUAUCCUACAUGUGCGAACCACAGCAAGUUAUCUGCAAUAGUGUCAUUAUUUAGAUUGAAGACUCAGAAUGGAUGGUCUGACAAGAGCUUUAAUGAACUGCUAGAGACGUUGCCGGAAAUGUUACCAGAGGAGAAUGUGCUGCACACUUCACUGUACGAGGUUAAGAAAUUUUUGAAAUCAUUUGAUAUGGGUUACGAGAAGAUCCAUGCUUGUGUGAAUGAUUGCUGCCUAUUCAGAAAGAAGUUGAAGAAGCUUGAGUACUGUCCAAAAUGCAAGGCAUCGAGAUGGAAGAGUAAUAUCCAUACUGGUGAGAAGAAGAAAGGAGUCCCACAGAAAGUAUUACGCUACUUUCCAAUAAUCCCACGGUUGAAGAGAAUGUUCCGGUCUGAAGAAAGGCUAAGGAUCUAAGGUGGCACUUCAGCAACAAAAGCACUGAUGGGAAACUUCGACACCCUGUUGAUUCAGUCACAUGGGAUCAGAUGAAUGCGAAAUACCCUGCCUUUGCCGCUGAAGAAAGGAACAUGAGGCUUGGACUUUCAACAGACGGAUUUAAUCCAUUCAACAUGAAGAAUUCUAUGUACAGCUGCUGGCCGGUAUUGUUAGUCAACUACAACUUGCCACCUGAUUUAUGUAUGAAGAAGGAGAACAUAAUGCUUUCACUGUUGAUUCCUGGUCCACAACAGCCCGGUAACAGUAUAGAUGUCUACUUAGAGCCUCUCAUUGAAGAUCUAAACCAUUUGUGGAGCAGUGGAGAGUUAGUGUACGACGCGUUUACUCGAUCAACUUUCACACUGAAGGCAAUGUUGCUUUGGACGAUCAGUGACAUGGAAGUCGACAAUGAUGAAGCCUACGAAGUCAGAACAGAUUGUGAAGGAAUAUAUGUCUGAAACGUAUCCUUACUUUAUGUGUUUGUUUUGUGCUUCUUUGCUUCUGUCUCUGCUUGUUUUGUGCUUGUUUGCUUCUGUGUGUGCUUGUUUUGUACUUGGUUGUUGUUUUGUUUAGAGUUAACUUUUUCUUGCUCAUAAUUUGAUGCAGGUAAAUUGAGAUGAGACGUGGAAAAAAGAAAGGAGUCAGUAAGGCAAGAAAGAAAGUAGUACAAGAAGAUACAGAAGUUGAGUUUAUCUGUACUUUACAUGGUGAAGGGGUAGACCAAGAUGAAGUUGUUCAAGAGCAUGCAGGAGCUGAAGGUGUUCAAGAACAGCAAAACCAUGAACAGAGAAACGAUGAACAACAACAGACAGAAGAGCCUGAAGAUGAAGUCGAAUUAUCUACUAAUGAAGAGACUGAAGUUGGAACCAACCGUAAGAGGAAGCGUGGACCGACAAGAAUGAAAGACCUAGCCAAAGACCCAAAUUCCAGAGUUCAUGUUGAUUUCAAUGCCAUGGGAGAAGCGUAUGGUGAAGGUUCAGUGAAGUUGUCUUCGUAUCUAGGUCCAUUGGUUAGGGAGCACGUUCCUGUCACAGUUGAAGGUUGGAAAAAACUCUCUGAAGAAGUGAAGACAGUUCUCUGGAAAUCUGUGCAGGCAAGGUUUGAAAUUGAUGAAGACUACCAUAGGGAUGCAGUGCUUAAGCAGAUGGGAGCGUUGUGGAGAUCAUCGAAGUCACGUCUUGUCACCCAAAUCAAUGAAUCCGAUAAUAACCAACAAAGGAUGAAGCUCAGACCAAAAAAUGUUCCUCCGGUUGAGUGGCGCAAAUUUGUGAAGUUGAAAACAAGCCAAGAAUUCAAGGUAUGUAUUUUGAGUUGAGUAAAAUAUGUUUUCAAAGUACAUAACAUAUUAACAACCAGAAGUUAUGAUAGGCUGUGAGUGAUAGCUACAAGGAGAGAAGACGCAAACAGAUACCUCACACUUGUAGUCGGAAGGGAAUGGUUAGACUAGCAGAAGACAUGGUACGUAUUCUUUCUUCUCGUUGUUUCAUUUUCAAUUGGUACGUUGGUAUAUUGACAUACAAUGUUUCCAUAGAAAAACAGUUCUGAUGACCCAUCUCAAGUGACAAGACUUAAAAUAUGGGUUAAGUCUCGUACCCGAAAAGAUGGAACUCCUAUAAACACAAAUGCGGCUGAAAAGAUUGUAAGUGAAAAACAUAAAUUAUGGUUUGCUAUAUCAAAUGCUUUUCAUAUUAAUCGUUUGUUGUCUGAUGUACAGCAAAAGGCAGCUGAGCUUGGUAGUGGUGCCAAUCCAUCGUCUGCUAAAAAUCAAGAUGAGGAUACACUCGUCAAGCUGUUAGGACCUGAUAAUCCUGGUCGUAUGAGAGUAAUGGGCAGAAAUAUGAGUAAGACCAAGUUAGCUUGCUUCCAAGUUAAGCACAAGACUAUUUCUGAAAUGCAAGAGAAGCAAUAUGAACUCCAGGAAACGGUUAAUCAGUUAAAGGCUGAACUAGCAGCAGUGAAAAACCAGGUCAUAUAAUAUUUCUGUUUAUACAUUGAGAUAGUAGGUGAUAACAAAAGAAUAAGAAUAUUUUUGGUUUAACUUACAGAGAGAAGAAUAUGAAGUUGGUGAAAACUCGGCUGCAAGGAGUGUGAACAAAAAAACAGAAAAAAGUGUCUUAUAAUAGAUUGGGCUGAUGAAGAUGGCAACGUUGGUGAGGGCCGUAUUCUCUAUUCAGACCCAAACGAUAUAGUCAAUGACUGUCGUUUAGGACCUACAGAUGUUAAAGUAUUGGUUGACUCUGCUACUGAACCAGAAGCUUUCCUCUGGAGACCUGCAAAGAACACGUGCACGAUUCAGGAAGCUGUUGGCCAUAUUAUUGCAUGGCCUAAGAGUAAAUGUGUUGAACUAGGCCAGGGCCUCCAACCAGAAGAUAUUGCUCCACUGGUAAAGUAUUUUGGUCCAUUCUCUUACUAGUUAAUGUACUGAGUAGGCUUUUACUGAUAUUGUACUGAGUAGUUAGUGUACUGAGUAGGCUUAAACUUAUAUUGUAUUGUCAUUGUCUGAUAGGGCUCAAGAUCAAAUUCUCUCAACAAAUGCAAACUAUUGGAUUUAUCCGAUGAUAAUGUAGUUGUUGGUGAAGGACGCUGGCAGACGCAAGAACCAAAAGCUUUGGUGAAUCGACUUCCUCUCGGACCAAAGGCAGUAAAAGUUUUUCUGGAUGUUGUACAUGAACCUGAAACAUUUUUAUGGAGGCCUACGUUGGAAGUGGCAUACCUUGAGGACAGCGUAAUGACUUUUAUAUCAUGGCCCGCUCACAAAGUUGUAUUCGAAAACCCAGUAGAAGCAAGAAGAAAAGUGUCUCCGACUCCAAAUACUGCAGGUCUUAAAGUUCCUUCUCCUGGGUCUACUGGAAGCAGCCUUAAAAAAAAUGGAAAAUCAAGAGCAACAACAUCAACUACUCCUACUACGAAGUCUUCCUCAAUGCCGGUAACAUUGUAUUCCUUAGGUUUUCCUCUAAUAUUAUUUGUCUUACUGUCUGAGUACUACAAUGUUUUGUAUUGUAAACAUGACAGCUAAAUGAUGGAUCCCAAGCUAUAAACGUGAAUCAGAAGUGCAAAUUGAUGGACAUCAGUGAGAGGAAACAAGUUGUUGCCGAAGGACGUGUGCAUUCAACAGACCCAAAUCAGAUGGUUCACUUUGUACGAUUAGGUCCGAACGCAGCUAGAGUGUGGGUAGAUGUAGUGUUGGUAGAUGAUGCAGACGUUUGGAGGAAGUCUGAUGAAAUGGAGAGCUUGAAGGAUGCACAUGGUUCUUCUAUCGCAUGGCCACUUGAUAAAUUGGUCAUAUUUUAAGAGGAACAGCAACUUGAGGGAAUGAAGAACUCUGGUCCAGCCUUUAAACAAGGCUACUGAACUUAUAAUUAUCUUAUGUGUAAGACUUUGUUUUCUGUUUUCAAUCGGCUGUGUAAACUUUAUGACUUAUGUUUAUGUGUAAGACUUUACGUCAUCUUCUAUGAAUGCUCUAUGAAUGCUUUUGUUGUUGUUUAUGAGAUUUGUUUUCUGAAAUCAA